AUGACGGGCGACCCGCCGGUGUCCUGCAGCUUCUGGAUACCACGAAUAAAGAAUCUCCUCUGGCCAGAAGCAUUGCAAUCAGGGAGCAUACAGAAACUCUGCGGGUUCUUAAAUAGGCUCGUCAAGGUGGAACCCUGCAGUGCUGGUGUUGAGGCUGAGUACAGUGUUGGAGCGGUUGUGUAUCGCAUGUCUGGUAACGAUAUCGAAGGCUUCAUCGCUUGUGAAUCUUGCUACGAGCUGUACGUAGCGGGUACCGCUUUUGAAGGUAGGUUCUGCCAAGAGACUCUACAGAGUCCACUUACUACCGUUUGUCAUAUGGGAUACCCAUACACUCGUCAGUCUGUGGCCAGGUUUGCUAAGUUCGAUAACUGGGAUGCAUUCGUGGAGGGAGCCUAUGAACGUUUAAUACAACAAGAGUGUACAGGCACGGCUAUUCAGGCGGACAGCCGAGAGUGGCUUGAGCUCCGUCCCGGCGUGGCGGAUUUGUUCGCCGCUUGUAAGACUUGCUACAUGGACUUCUUGGCCAACGAGGCUUUCGCCAAUGAAUACAUAUCGUCAGUGCCACCAACAGGCCCGAACUAUCAAUGGUCUUGCGCUCUUAGUCAAUCAUCAGUCAAAUGGGCGCUGGAAGCUGCCAUAUCACGGCAAGAUCACCCCAUCUUUGUCGGGGCCGUUAGAACCAUCAGCGGUUUGUCGCCUUGUACGUCGGCCGGCAUCACAGGUGGACGUUUCUACCCGUCGGCGCUGCGAUAUGAACGGCUAUGUCAGAAGCUCUACGAGGCCAAUUACACGGGGAACUUCAAUGCCUUUUCCAAUUUUGCGGUAAAGUUCUGUCAAGUCCCUCUUUGUCCUCGCAUCGGCGCUUUGCAAAACGUCAGGUGGUGGGGUUACGAGGGUUUGCUCUUUUGUGAGGAAUGCUAUUACGACUUCGUAUCCGCAACGACCCUAGGUAAUGCCAUGCCUAUAAAUGGAGUAUUUUAUAAGGAAUAUCAGAUGUGUCAAAUCUGGUCGCCACGGAUGCGUGAAAUGUGGAAACAAGUCUGCGAGGCCGGGUCGCCUGGAUCUGUGGAGUCAGAUAUCGCGCUAGAAGAGUUGAAGGCAUUUGCGGCUCAAAACAUGAGCAUAUAUGACCAAACAAUACGGCAGAUUGAGUUUUUAAAACAGAUGCAGCAAAUCAAGAACCGGGAGGCAGCAUUUCAGGGAGUUAUGACUAUGCAGUAUCAGGGGAUAUCAGGGAUCGCGUCGUGGGGGUCCCGUGAUCCUUAUAAAUAUGGGAAUACCUCCAUGGGAUGGUGGGAUAAUAGAUUCGGUGCCGAGGCAAGUAAGCGCCUUAACGUUAUGAGCAGCGGGUUUCGAGAUGUAAAUAAUAUAUCACGGGAGAUAGUGAGGCUGAGAGGUAUUUGGGAAACAGUAGAGUAA